CACUGUCUUCUUACAUUUUUUUAUGCGGUUUAAAGCGGUUUAAUGAUGGUGAGUCGCACUUAUGACGUGUUUUGUUUCUCCACGGACACACUAAGACUGCUGAAAAUGUGGAGGCGUCUUUAAGUGAGACUUUACGGUCGGGGCGAGUGAAGUGAACUUGUAUUUUUGCAUUGCUCGUCACUCAGCUUCAGAGGAGCUCAACAAGCUGAACCAGUGAGCUGAUGCCGAGCCGCCUCUGAACACCACGGACCGGGCUGGCUAGCUCCACGCGUAAAGCUUUUCUUUUCAUCCAUUGUGUGCGGCGGGAGCAACUUUGACCGUCAGCGAGAGUCACCGCCUGGAGCCUGACAAUCCCAGCGUCAAGACUUUUCACCACCGCUGUCUAAGAUGCCCCAGACGGCGAGAGGUGACAUGUAAAUGGCUUCCAAAGUGAAAGAUGCCGUGGUGUGGUACCAGAAAAAGAUUGGCGCCUACGACCAGCAGAUCUGGGAGAAGUCGGUGGAGCAGCGGGAAAUCAAGUUUAUAUCCCGGGGCCUGAGGAACAAGCCAAAGAAGACAGGUCACGUCAAGCCGGACCUCAUCGACGUAGACCUGGUUCGAGGCUCCGCCUUUGCAAAAGCAAAACCGGAGAGCCCGUGGACCUCGCUGACUCGCAAGGGCAUCGUGCGCGUGGUCUUCUUCCCUUUCUUCUACCGAUGGUGGAUCCAGGUCACCUCCAGAGCCAUCUUCCUCCUGCUGCUGGCUCUCUACGUCUUGCAAGCGGCGGCGGCCCUCCUCUACGCCAGCAUCCCGCAGCCUCACGGCAUCCCCGCCACCGAGGUGUUGGGCGCCAUCUGGCUCAUGCUGCUGCUGGGCACCGUGCACUGUCAGAUCGUCUCCACCCGGACGCCCAAGCCGGCCUCCGGCGGCCUCGGCGGCAAGAGACGCAGGAAGUUGAGGAAGGCCUCCCAGAUGGAGGUGCAUAGGGAAGGCGACGGCUCUAGCACUACCGAUAACACGCAGGAGGGGGCGCCGCUCUCCUACUCUGCCAGCGCCACAAAAAGCCUGGGCACUCUCUUCCACGGUUUCUGGCAUGAUCUGUGUAAAGCUGGGUCCAAGAAGUCCAAGCUGUCCAUUGACAAGUCGACGGAAACGGACAACGGCUACGUGUCGCUGGACGGCCGCGUGACCAACCGCAGCAGCGAGGAAGGCCUGCAGCGCUGCGAGCUCUUGAGCCGCCUGGACGAGGCCUGCUGGGCUGCCCGCGGGCCGCCCCCGCAGGCGCACGCCGCCCGCAGCGCCGCCGCCGGCAAGGUGAGCCGAGGCGCCGCGCGACUCCCCGAAAACAUAGUCACGACUCUCAACGUCGCCGGUGUCUCACAGGGGCCCGCAUCGGACGAGGCGUCCAGCGAGGAGGACCCCGAGGCGUCUUAUAUCGCCCUCCGCAGGGGAGUCGAAAGACUUAGCGUCGACUGUGCGCUGCGAAACCGCAAGAGCACACACCACAAGAAACACUACACCGUGGAGGAUGUCCCCAAGUCGGGCACCAGCUGCAGCUCCAGGUGCUCCAGCCUGAGGACGCCCGACUCGGAGAGCACUCGCCACGAGUCGGAGACGGAGGACCUGCUGUGGGAGGACUUCUUGCACUGCGCCGAGUGCAGGUCGUCCUGCACCUCGGAGACGGACGGAGAAGGAGGAGGCGCGCCGUUGUGUCCUCCCACCAAGAAGGAGUACAGAGACGACCCUUUCCACCAGGGCCACGCCCCCUGGCUCCACAGCUCCAACCCGGGCCUGGAGAGAGUGAGCGCCAUCGUCUGGGAGGGGAACGAGUGCAAGAAAGCUGAUAUGUCCGUCCUGGAGAUCAGUGGGAUGAUAAUGAAUAGAGUGAAUCUUUACACUCCGGGAAUUGGCUACCAGGUGUUUGGGAAUCUGGUGUCGGUCACGCUGGGUCUCACGCCCUUCGCUUACAGACUUGCUCAGCACAGCGACUUGGACCGGCUACCCACGCUGUCAGCCAACGAGCUGCUGUCCGUGGCGCUGGGCGGCGGCUCCGGCUCGGAAGCCCUGGUGGUCACCAUGGUGACGCUGAGCUUCAUGGUGCGGGUGUGCCUCAUCUGGCUCUUCUUCUUCUUGCUGAGCGUGGCCGAGAGGACCUACAAGCAGAGGCUGCUGUUCGCAAAACUAUUUGGUCACCUGACUUCAGCCCGAAGAGCCAGGAAAUCAGAGGUUCCUCACUUUCGACUGAAGAAGGUCCAGAACAUCAAGAUGUGGCUGUCACUCCGCUCAUACCUUAAACGUCGAGGCCCCCAGCGCUCCGUGGACGUCAUCGUAUCUUCUGCCUUCCUGCUGACGCUCUCCGUCGUCUUCAUCUGCUGCGCGCAGUUGCUGCACGCGCAAGAGCCGUUCCUGGAGUGUCACUACAACUGGGAGUUGGUGAUCUGGUGCUCCAGCCUCUCGCUCUUCCUGCUCAGGUUCGUCACGCUGGGCUCGGAGACCAGCAAGAAGUACAGCAACACCUCCAUUUUGCUCACUGAACAGAUCAACUUGUAUCUCAAGAUGGAGAAGAAGCCCAACAAGAAGGAAGAUCUGACGCUGGUCAACAACGUCUUAAAACUGGCAACCAAACUACUCAAGGAGCUGGAUAGUCCGUUCCGGCUGUACGGUUUGACCAUGAACCCGCUGCUGUACAACAUCACGCAGGUGGUCAUCCUCUCCGCUGUCUCGGGCGUCAUUUCAGACCUGUUAGGAUUUAACUUGAAGCUGUGGAAAAUCAAGUCGUGACAAUGAGAUGACUGAAGAAGAAGAGGACGACGUAUCAUCAUGCUUUGUCCGUCAACAAGCUAUUUUACCUGCUCAGUGUUUUCACCUUUUAUUUAACUUCACUAUUUAUGACGUCUCACAUUGUGCCCUUGAGCUUAAGUUAUUUUAUCUUCUUGUCCUGAAUAUUAUUUUGUCGCUUUUGUUGCUUCUCAGUGCAGUGCGAUAUUUCAUGGCUGUUUUUUUGUUGUUGUUGCUGUUGUAAUUUUGGUUUUUAUUUUGUUUUAAAAGUACUCGUGUGUUCUGCCUGCUUUUGAUAAUAAUACUGUUACAUUUUUCAACGCAGGUACAAAUCCCGUAAUUGGAUGACGUGAACAAUCGGCAGCAAAUCAGUCACCUGCCACAUUUUCAGGUUCGCAAUUGGCUGACUCACCAAGAUAGAAAUUAGGAAAAAGAAAGAAAACUACAAAUAUGGAAGAUGGUAGUAAUAAGACUACAAAAUAAGGAUGGUUGCGUUGAACAAGAAAUGUAAAUGAAGCCAAAAGUGUGACUAGUUUUAAUUUUAAAUCUACAAGUUAUUUUAUUUUAUUUGCCCAUUUCAUUCAAGAAUGUCUUCCGCAGUAUUUUCUCUUCAUAUCCCCCCCGAGUCGAGUCAAAACACAAAACAAAUGGCGAUGUAAAUGGUAGUUUGGGGCAGGCAAUCCGAUUGGUCAAUUUAUGUGCAUCAGUAUUAGCUCGUCACGUCGAAGCAGCCUGGUUAUUGAAAGAAAACAAACGUGCACUUUAAACCUACAGCGGAUCAUUUGCAUCAGUCUCGUCCAAUUUAAAUGCUGACAAAUGUUGUGUUAGCAUGUUGCUAAUUCUAUAUUAUUCAUAAUUGUGUGCGGUAGAAGGAGACCAAAGUGCUUGUAUUGAUUGUUUGAAAACAGUUUUUUUCCCUACGCUGGUAAAAGAAUGUAUUUGCAGCUUUAAAUUUUGUCAGGUUGUACAUUUGUGUGGUUUUUUUUUUCUUUUGUGGUCUCUUUAUAUUUUCAAGUUUGUUCUUCACACUUGUGGGGAGAAGAGGCAUGUUUGAAUAUGUGUUUUAUUUUUUUAAGGAACAAAGAAGUGUAUGUUGAAACAUGAAGUUCAGACGGUCCAAAACAUUCACGUUUUUGAGAGGAAAUUGGUCUGUCGACAUUUUGAUAAUAAAAUCCAAGCGCUGGAUGAUAUAAUGCUA